AUGGCAUCUGAUGUGUAUUCUUUUGGCAUCAUUGCAUAUGAAAUAGUAUCAGGUCUUCGAGCAUACCACAAUGCUCAAUACGACUUCCAACUAUCUCGUAAGAUAUUUUAUGAUGGCUUACGUCCAGAUAUUCCAAACCAUGUACCAGAAUUAGUUGCUAAAUUGAUUAUUAAAUGCUGGGAUAUUCGGCCAGACAAAAGACCAACUUCUAAAGAAAUAUAUGACACUCUAAAUACAUGGUAUAAUGAUAUUUUAGACGAUAAACCAACGGAAAUCGUUGCACAAACAAGGGAGGCCGAUAAAAUGCUUGAGUCAAAAAUGUCAACGUCAUCUCAUUUCGAUACAUAUCCUGAAAUCUAUGUCAACAGGCAAUUUGAUACUCUAAGUGCCAUGGAUAUAGAAAACCAAGUUGAGCAAAACAGCCAAAGCUUAUUAAUUAUGGAUGGCAUUUCACAAGAUGAUACAAAUGUGCAUGAACAUAAACAUUUUAAAAAAUUGUAA